CCAUUUCCCUCCUAAUUUCCCUUUAGGGUUAUCAAAGUAUUUCUGAUUCCGAUUCUGAAACGCGUUUCCGGGCUGUUCCUCACCUCCCGGUCGGCAGGUGGCGGUACGGCUCAUUUCGACGGGCGACAACCGCAAUAAACACCAACGAAGAAAAGAGGCGCGCUCGAAGCCUGCUUUUGAAUCGCGGAGGAUAGCUGAGCCGAGCAAACGUGGUCCGCAAUGGCUCAAGGUCACAAAUUCCAGGUUCUGGAGGAGACCGGGGAGGCCCUGGUGGGCUUCAUCAACAGCAGCCAGCCCGAGAAGCUGCAACAGGUCAAAGUGGAGCACCAGGCCCUGUUCGACCGCCACAUAGAGACGAGGAACGUGGUGACGCAGAUGUUGAAAGGCAAGACACCAGACGCCAUGUUGCUUUUGCAAUACUGUAUUAUACGGUCAGCUUUCAGCGUCCGCUGCCUGCUCUGCCUCCAGAUAUGGCCCAGGUGGAGGAGAGGGCCGGGCGGGGGCUGCUGGACAUGCAGGAGGAGAAGCAGCGCAGGGACCACGAGCUGGAGAGUCUGGAACAGCAGCUGGGCCGGUGCACGGCCAAGAGCCAGACGGCAGAUGCAGAGAUACAGUUUCUGCAGAGAGAGCUGGAGAGUCUGAGGAACAGCGAGCACGAGCUGGAGGCUCUGCAGAAUCAGGUGGACGAAGACACCACGGAGGUCAUCCCGUCAGCGGUGUAUGUGGCCCAGGUCUACUACCUAAUAACCAAGAUCAAGUGGGAAUAUGACACUCAGCCCAACAUUUUAAAAGGAGUGCACUACGGAGCCGACCUGGCGACUCCCAUCAACAUCGACACCUCGGCGCGCUCCCGGAAUGAUGUGAGCGACCAGCUGUGGGCCUUCGUCAGCACCGAAUGGUAGAGGAAAGACGGCUGUGCUCUCUUGAGAUUUAUGCACAUUAUUUUUGUCGUGUCUGCGUGUGUCCUCGGUUUUUGUCAUUUUUGUUAUUAAAUAUUUUUUAUCGC